GCUGGUGGCUUGUCCAUGAUGUCAAGAGUUUGUGCGUGCCGAUGGAAAUGUGCGUCGAAUUGGUUUUAAUUGAAACCGGAUGUCUUCAAAACAGUUAAAAAGCUUCUUACUCGGAAUUACAAGGAUUACAGCUGUUCCCAUGCAAUCUGACAUCGAGCCCAAAGGAUGAAGUUUGUACUAACUUUGGGGAUUAAUCAAAUAUGUAAGAAGUGAAGAUCAAAUUUGUGUUUCACGAAAGGAUUUUAUGCUGCGCUCUUUCAAAGCACACAAGCAUGAGGAAGUUAAGUCUUAGUUGGUUCCGUAGUUUGUCUUACAGUCCAACGGAAGCUUCUCAACAGGAGGAUACCGAAGUGAAAAGCAAUGAUUAUACACGAAUGAGACAUUAUUCUACUAUUCCCGAAGACAGAAGAACAGAGAAUAAAAAGGCUUGGCGUUCCGUGGUGCGGGACCACUGUGCUCGAGAAGACAGUAACGAGUUAAGCGUUGUCUGUGGAGAGCAGGUGCUGUUACUUGAACUGAGGCCCACGGGCUGGGCCCUGGUGCGACGACCAGUCGAUGCAGCCCAGGGCUGGGUGCCCCUUCUUUGCCUCGCUCAAUCAGAGCCUCCUGCAGUGGUGGGUGAAGCUGGUCUCCACAGUGGCUCCAAGUCUCGUGCUCAUUUUAAGAAAUGGCUGUGUAACCCCGUCAGGAAACUGAGCCAUGGACGAUUGGAGAGAACGUCGGAAGAAGCUGUAUGUGCCAAAAAGUACUCAAGCCCUGAAAAUGAGGUUGUGAUCAGUGAAGAAGAAAUGGGAAAUAAAUCUACACAUGGGCCUCUUUUAAGCGUUGCUAAUGAAGAAUAUGAAAGCGAGAUUCAAACAGAAGAAAAUGAAAAUGAUGACAGUGUUUUCAGCGAGGAAAAGCCUGAAGAUGUUGGCUGUGCCACUGAAGACGAUAUCAAUCUAGAUUCCUCCGGUUUAGAGGCUGGAAUUUCUCUCCCUGGAAAAUCGGUUUCGGAUGCGUCCGAAGACGAAUCGCAAUCUAAAGAGCUUUCGGAACAAAGUUUUGAAACACUGACGUCUUUGAAAGAAGAGCAUGAUAAAGCACUUUCGAAGCGAAAGUAUGUUCUACAAGAAUUGGUUGAGACGGAGAGGGAUUAUGUGAGAGAUUUGGGUCUAGUAGUUGAUGGAUACAUAAAAUUAAUGAGAAGUGAAGACAUUCCUGUGCCAGAUGAUUUGAAAGAUGGAAAAGAUAAAAUAGUGUUUGGAAACAUCGAGGCGAUUUAUGAGUGGCAUCGAGACUCAUUUUGUGCUGAAAUAGAAAAGUGCCUAGAAGAGCCAGAACGUCUUGGUCUCCUUUUUAGACGAUAUGAAAGACGCCUGAAUAUGUAUGUUGUGUACUGCCAGAACAAACCUAAAUCGGAGUAUAUCGUAUCAGAGUACUUGGAUACUUUUUUUGAGGAAGCGCGGCAGAAGCUGGGCCAUAAGUUACAAAUACCUGAUCUCUUAAUAAAACCUGUCCAAAGAAUAAUGAAGUAUCAGUUACUUUUAAAGGAUAUUUUGAAGUAUACUGAAAAGGCCAAUCUAGAGGAAGAAACAAAAAAUCUAAUAAAUGCUGUGAAUAUCAUGCAUAUAGUUCCAAAAGCUGCAAAUGAUAUGAUGAAUGUCGGUCGACUACAAGGAUUUGACGGUAAAAUAACAGCUCAAGGGAAAUUACUACAACAAGGUAGUUUACUGGUAUCAGAUCCUACAACUGGUAAAAUGAAGGAGAGGCAAGUUUUCCUAUUCGAACAAAUAAUUAUAUUUAGUGAUGCUGUGGGUCCAAAAUCUCAGUUUUCUACUCCUGUAUAUAUUUAUAAGAAUCAUAUACAAGUGAACAAAAUGACCCUAGAAGAACGUUUCGAAGAUGGCGACCCUACUAAAUUUGUACUCAAGUCAAAAGAUCCAUUACAAAAUGGAUUGUCAUUUGUUAUUCAGGGUAAAACUUUAAAAGAUAGAGAUGAAUGGGUCACGAAUUUAAGAACAAUACUAGAUACGCAACUUGAUUUUUUGAGAGCUUUACAGUCACCCAUAGCUUACCAAAAGGAACUAACGAAAGAUAUAUCGUCUCCAGAGUUAGGCUCACAAUGGAAUCCAUCCCUGAGAAAAACGCUCUCCCAUCCAGCUGCAGCUCACAAAUCUGUCAAAUUGCCAAACGCCACUUCAGGAAGCUCGCUCACUUCAAAGUCUUUGCGAUAUCCUGGCAGAGAUAAAAAAUUGCGCUCCGAUGGAGUGGACCUUAAAUGUACUGGAAUCUCGCUCACUAGUCUCGCUAAAGAGGUUUCGGCAGAUAAACCUCCUGAAUCUCAUUUACAGAGCUUACAAGUGCCAUACGCGGCCAAAGACUCUGAAGUCACCCCGAUGGAUAAAAACAGUGAACUAUCGGAAAGACAAUGUAAAAACUCACUUUCGUUAGAAAACCGCUCAAACCCCGCUCAGCAAAGUCCCCCAAAGAGUAAAAGAAACUUUUUCGAAGGUUUUAAAAAUACUUUAAGGCCCAAGUCGAAAACAGACUCUGGAUUAAGCAAUGCCCCUAUAUCUCUUAGCUCCAGUCAUAGUUUAGAUUCAUCAACAGUGUCGACACAAAUAAUUGCACAAAAAGGCGGAGCCAAAGACGUGGAUCUGAUUCGAAGGUGGUCGGAGACGCGUUCUGUCAGGCCGAGCUCUGUAUCUGAUCUCCCCGACGAUGCUACACAUUGAAUACACAUGUCUCUCACAACUUGGUUUGUUCCAAUAUUCUCGUAUAAUGCUUAGUACAAAUUAUAUUUUGUUUAUCAAUGAGGUAAGAUUCUUUGGAAUAGCUUCGCACAGUAGGCAUCAAAAAUUAUGUAUUCUAAAUGAUGGUGAUAAUUUGUUGCUUUCAUUCCCUGUAUUAGUUGUAAAAAUGAAAAUAAUACUGUUAUAUAUCCUUAGUUAUAAAAUAACACUAUUGUCAGAAGUAAUAUCCCAAGGUAUCCUACUUUGUGUAAACAUUAUAUUUUCAGGAUUCAUUUUCAUUGUACAUAUUUUUACCAUAGAUUUUAAAAUUUUAAGUCAUUAAAAGAAUGUCCUAAAAUUGUGCAUUCUUGGGGGGAAAAUGAUUUACUUUAUAUAUAUUAGAAGCUGUAAUUUUUCAACUAUUUUUUGUGUAUGUGCUUGUUAUAAAGUUGUAUUUUAUUGGAUAAACAUAAUAAAUUUUCUGGGAAAAUUGAUGUAGAAACAUUUGUUAAUGAAACCACUGUACUAAUAAGUGAGUAUGUAAAGGUUCUCUCUUAAGUUUCUAAAUUUUGUUGAUAAGCCUGACAUGGAUUGUGCAGUUUCGUGAAAAUUAGCAUGUAACAGAAUUUCACUGCUAACAGAAGAUAUUCUCACGUUUCAGUUAUUUAGUUUUAC